AACAGCUGUUUGUAGUUUCGCGCCAGAAAUAGUUUUUACAAUUUAACCACAAACGACUUGAAAUUUGUGUAUAUUUAAAAUGACUACUCUAAUAGAACAGUUAAUAACAAAAAUGGGCCUGCGGGACGAGCCCAAAAUAUUGGAGAAAACCACCGAAUUGGUGCGCCUGCUGGAGCUGCGCUCCACAAAUGUUCCCCUGCAGAUCAACGAGUACGGCAAGAUAGUCCUGUGCGCUGAUUUGGCCUCCUGUGUGCUGGGUAUAGGCUUCGACAAGGAGCAGGCCCUCAAGCUGUCCGGACUGCGCAAGAGCCACUACCUCAACAACAAGCGCAUGUUCGAGAAGCUGCUGGAUCUGAACAAACUGGCCAGCGUGAAUGAUAUCUGCGUGCAGCUGAGCCUCAACGAGGUGACCCGCAAGGCCGAGGAGCUGAUGACAUUGUUCAGAGCGUUGGCGGCCACAGAAGGCACCGGCACCGAUACCGAGCAUCCGCAGUAUGCCGCCAUGGCCGUGUUCCAAGCCUGCCGCCUGCUUAAGAAGAAGGUUGCCAAAACGAAGUUCAUGCCCUUCAGCAAUCUGCGACCCAGCCAAUGGCAGCAGCUGGAACAUCAAUGGGACAACAUGAUCGCCAAGCAUUACAAGGAAAGCAAAGUGGUAUCCGCCACCGAUAUGGAGGAGAAGCUAAAGCAAGGCCAACAGGAAAGCGGCAGCGGGAAAGAUGCCAAGAAGACACAGAAACCACAAGCGGAGGACUACGAGAAAUGGAAGUCAAGGAUGCUGGCUAUGGCCCAGGCCAAGCUAAAGGAAAUGGAGGCAUCGAAUCCAGAAGACCAGCUCGUUGAUGUCGAGGCCUAAGUUAACACAUUUUACUUAUUUUAACCAUGUCCAUGUGAAAUCCAGUCUUGUAUAUGUUAGUUAUUCGCUUUUAUAUCAACCAACAUUCUCAUUAGUUGUAGGUUAAGGUACAGCACGUUACAAAAAUAUAAAAAAUGAUGCUCCGU